AUGGAGUCCCCUCAGUCCCCGAAGACACACAUGUACAGAGGAGGGGGAGGGGGUGAGGGAGGGAGGGGAGCUCUGCCUGCUUCCCUCCACACCUCACUCCGACUGACAGAGAAGUCUGAGAACCCUUCGGACUCCAACGGACAGCUUACAAACUAUGGACUGGGGCUGAGGAAACACCAGACCCCAGGGCGACAGGUGAGACCAGAUCCAGUCUUGGUCAACCGCUGUUAUGGAUACGAACUCUUUUCUCAUGAAGACAUAGCAACUGACUGA